GGCGCGAGCCAGCCGGGCGGCCCCGCCGGGGGGAGCUGGCGCGCUGGGAGGAGGAGGAGGAGGUGGCGGCGGCGGCGGCAGCGGUUGCGCCGCGACCAGGAGGAGCCGGUCGCGCCGGGCGGCGGGUCCGUGGCCAGCGGGGACGAUUUGAGAAGAUCUGAUCACCUGGCAUUAAAGUUGGUUCAGAAACCUUUUCAACUGCAAAAAUGUUGGAGGAAGAUAUGGAAGUGGCUAUCAAGAUGGUGGUUGUAGGGAACGGAGCAGUUGGAAAGUCAAGUAUGAUUCAGCGAUAUUGCAAAGGCAUUUUUACAAAAGACUACAAGAAAACCAUUGGAGUUGAUUUUUUGGAGCGACAAAUCCAAGUUAAUGAUGAAGAUGUCAGACUAAUGUUAUGGGAUACAGCAGGUCAAGAGGAAUUUGAUGCAAUAACAAAGGCCUACUAUCGAGGAGCCCAGGCUUGUGUGCUUGUAUUUUCUACCACAGACAGGGAAUCUUUUGAAGCAAUUUCCAGUUGGAGAGAGAAAGUCGUAGCUGAAGUUGGAGAUAUACCAACUGUGCUUGUGCAAAACAAGAUUGAUCUCUUGGAUGACUCUUGUAUAAAGAAUGAGGAAGCUGAGGCACUGGCAAAAAAGUUAAAACUAAGAUUCUACAGAACAUCAGUGAAAGAAGAUCUAAAUGUGACUGAAGUAUUUAAAUAUUUGGCUGAAAAAUAUCUUCAGAAACUCAAACAGCAAAUAGCUGAGGAUCCAGAAUUAAUGCAUUCAAGUAGUAACAAAAUUGUGCUUUUCAGAUGGAGUGACAUCUUUGGUGGAAAAAUUCCUGCCUUGUGGACUUGUUUUAAUUUUUUUGCAUCAGACGAAGCUUCUCCUGUUUUUGAAGGAAUGGUCCAUAAGAAGUGUCAAAAAACAGGUUUUGCUGAAUUUGAAACGCUGGAAAACAUAACUGAAAUGCCUAAAUAUGUUGGUACAGAUUUUAAUAUUAUGGGUCAAGGAAAGAUAGCAAGCUUUCUUUUUCUGAAGUUGGUCAUAUAGCUUUUUGGAAAGUAGUACUGAAUCUGAAUACUUACAAAAAAAUAAUAUUGAAAGGUAAGCUCUAAAUCUUGCCAGACUGCAUUGGUGUGUAUUUUGGCAAUGUUACUUGUGCAAUAUCUGUAUAAUUUAGAAUGUGGAGGUAUGCAUGCAGUUAUCUGGUCCUGAAAUAUACUGACGGUAUGCUCAGUAUUUAAGGAAACAUAGAAUCUAAUUCAUUCAUAAAAUCAUUUACACAUUGUGUGUAUGUUAAAAGUUUUUAUUUUCAAAUAAGAAAUUCCAGACACAUAUUUUGCAAAAUGAGCUCAGAUUUUAAAAGUGCUUUGUGCCAAAUAUAUCAUACCUAAUUUUUACAGUGCUUUACUAUCAGAAUUUAUAUUGUUUAUAAUGUCUUUUAAAAGCAGUUUCCCUCUCUGACAGAGUAGAUACAAGUCGAGUAUAAAUGUUUUAAUGCUAGAAUAUCUCCCAGGUGAGACCUGUUGCAAAAUCUCUCUCCUACGUCCAUCCGUAAGUGCGGUGAGCUUGUGCUGGCCAGGUCACAGCGCACCUGCAGUUAUCCCUUAGGUCCUGUGAAGUGCAGUGGUACUUCCAAUACCUUUCGCUGCUGACUGAAACGCAAUUUUGAACUUUUAAGAUUGUGCUAAUAAUGUUUUUAAAUGCAGAAGAAAUGAUGUUUGGUCUUAAUCUGCAUUAUGGAUUUUAUAAUGCCCUGCAACUCUAAAGCAUCUUUUCGUUUACACAUUUUGUAUGGUAUUUUAAGAUUAUCACUUAAAAAUUUCUAUAAACUUCAGUUUGUAUAGCACUUUCUCAAGAGCUCUGUUAACACCAAAUACAAAAUAAUUUCUUUUAAGAAACGAUUUUCAUACGUAAUCAUGUGACAGCAUAAAUUUUGUGACUUGGGACAGGAACUUUCCAACUAAGAUAACUGCAUGAACUCUGUUAAAAAGUGAUUAUCAUUCAUCAGUGACUUUGUUUUUAACCCUUGCUAUCUACCUGGUUUUUACAGGAUUUCAAGAUAUGUAAAAAUAACUUUUUUUGGAAAAUGUGUCAAAGUCGUUUUUCAUUAUUUGUACUAUAUGCAUAAUGUUAUAUGUAUUUCUUUUGUAUGUUUUCUCUCUUUCUCUCUCUCUCUCUCUCUCUCUCUCUCUCUCUCUCUCUCUCUCUGUCUCAAAGUUUUCCAUCCGCACCGUCCUCCUCCCUCUGUCCAGAUUACUAUUAAGAAGAUAAUAGAAAUUUCUGGGGCAAGUCCUUAGUAAGUGGUCAAGAGUGAAUGUUUGCCUUUUCAUAAUACUGAAACAAUCUGGCAUUAUCUAUUUUAAAGUAAUAUAACAAGUUAAUUUUUAUGUCACCAGUUGUCUCCACACCCAUUGCUGGCAGUGGGAUAGGUGUUGGGGGAAACAAACUCAGUGCCUAACAAUGGGUACCCUGUUAAUGAUUCAUCUUUCCUUUUUUUCUCUCUUAAAAUACAGUCUCUUUAUUUUGCACAAAAUAUAUUUUGUGGCGAAUUGUUUUGUGGUCUUUAGUAGCCAAAGAAAAUCAUGUAUGUAAUAUGUUCACAUGUGUUCUAUUUCAGAUUAAUUAAAUGUGUGUGGGAAAGAGUUUGCUAGUUUUCUAUAUAAUCUCUGAUGAUUGUUGAAGUUUCCUGAUAUUUGUAAUAUAAUUUUACAUACUUAGUUUUGUCCUUUUUUCUUUUCAUAAGAACCGAAGAGAGAUCUUUGUUACACAUUUGAAUUUUUAUUUGCACUUGUGUAUUUUAAACCUAACCAUAAUUGGUCAUUUUAAAUAACUAAGUACGUCUGAAAAUCAGUCACAAAUGAUAUGUUAAAUACUUCCUCAGUUUAAUUCUAAAGCCUUCAAAGUUGACAUUAAUUUUUUUCUUGAGACCUUUAAUUCUCUUAAAUAACCAUUAAUUUCUAACGAGCUAUGGAUGCUAAAGAAAAAACUGUGUAAGACUCCAGGAUGUUGUUUGUGCAUUUUUACAUUAUGGCUGGUUUUUAGUAUACAGACACAUAGCUGUGGGAUAAUUGCCAUAUUGCAGAGUUCCUCAAGUUUCCUUUUCUCUUUCAGUCAGUCUACUGAAUUAAAUAGCAUACAGAAUAGCUCAUGUGAGGCAAUAUACCAUUGAACUUUGAACAACACCAGUUUGAGCUGUGUGGGUCCACUUACAUGAUUUUUUACAAUACUGUAAAAUACAACACUGUAUUUUUCUUCCUUACGGUUUUCUUAAUAACCUUUUCUUUUCUCUGGCUUGCUUAUUGUAAGAAUACAAUAUACAAUACAUACAACAUACAAAAUAUUUGUUAAUAGUCUAUUUUAUUCGUAGGGCUUUCAGUCAUUGUAGGCUAUUAACUUUUGGGGGAGUCAUUAUACUUGUAUUUUCCACUGUGCAGGGGUCAGUGCCCCAGUCCCUGUGUUGUUCAAGGAUCAACUGUAUUUCUGUUGUUAUUAGUGCCAUAAGAUGAUAUUAGCUGCCAUUAAUUUAGUACUUACUAUCAGGUAGGAACUAUACAAAGUACCUUGCAAACAAUAAUUUAAUCUUUACAACUCUAUGGAGGUAUUAUUUUUCCCUCCCUGUUUUUGAGAAAAAGGAGAACGAAGAUGUGAGAGAAGUUUGUCAGUCGCAUAUUAGUUAGCAGCAAAGCCAUUUUCUAUCCCAUUUUAUAACUAUUAAUUUUCAUAUAGUCCAGACAUAAAAAGAUGUGCUAUCUUCUCAUUAUACUUUACUAUCUAAUAUAUAUAUGUAUAUAUGUGGAUUUGAUACUGCUUUAUAUAUGCAGUUAUAUUUUAUGGAGGAAUUACUGCUAAGAACAUUUUCAGAUUAUAAAUGUUCUAAUAUACUGAUUUCUUAUUUGAUGCAUUUAUUUUAAAACAAAAACUAAAAUAAUAAAGAAUAACUUUAUUUUUCAAUCAGAAGUCUAAUUUCUCAUCUGAAAUUACGGGGAGGGAAGUAUCUUAAAAGACUGAUUUAAUCAUAUUUUAGUGUAUAUUUAUUUGAUAGUUUUGUCUAAAAAAAUUAAAGAAUUAAAACAUGAUGAAAAGCUUUUGAAUUGGGAUUAUGUACUUAGUAAGCAAAAAGAAAUAAGUUAACCAUUUUCAAGUACAUUAUAAAAGGUUUAUAUAAAGGGAAUUCUGACCAGCCAUUUUUAAUUAAAGUAGAAGAUCAUAGGUGAAGGAUUAAGCUUGGUUGUAUUGAUUAUUAAAUGCUGAAAUCAUUUAAUGAAGUUAAGUAAUCUUCAUAAAUGAAAAUAUUAAAUAAAAAAAAUAGAGGCACCUGCCUGACUCAGUAGAGCAGAGUCAGUGACUCUUGAUCUUGGGGUUAUAAAUUUGAGCCCCACAUUGUGUAGAGAUUACUUAAAAAUAAAAUCUUUAAAAAAUAUAUUUUAUCCAUGCUGAAUGCCAAUUUGGAUGCAGAAGUUGUCAUAAAAAGAUUUUUAUUUUCCCAAUUGCUUAUAUCUCUUAGAAUUCAGUUUUUCAUAUAUUAAGUGACAGAUUCACUUCAACAUAUUUCUAUUAUUUUUAAUUGUUUAAGAGAAAUCAAAGGCUAGAUUUGCUUUCUCCUUGGUUGUUGUAUUGUAGCAUGUGUGAUUCCUUUAUAUCUCUUAUAUUCUAUCUUUGUGCUGUCAUUAAAUGUGUACAUAUUUCAUCUCUUCUAAUUCAAAUGUUAUUCAAAUUUUUCUAUUUUUAAAACUGUAAUGAGGAUAGUUUGCUCUCCUAUUAGAGUAUAAGAAAAAACACCAUGUCAUACCAAUCUUGAAAUUUCCUCAUAUGGCUUUACACAGAUUUAUAAGUUACACUAAUCAGCAGAUUAUAAACAAACACCUAAGAUUUAAAUGUGUGAUACUUAUUGCUGAGAGAAAUUAAAGGAGAUUUAAAUAAAUGGAUAUAUUAUAUACACGA